GAUCAGUUUUGGUUGUCGACGCGCGCAUAGGUUAAAAUGCACAAGGCGGUUAAAAAUAAAUCUAGAUUGCUUUGUUGCCUUAAAGAUUCCAAGGCAGAUCUAACAACAGCGAAAUUUAUACUUUAUUAUGGGCCUAGUGUAGCUGAUAGCGAUAUCUAUGAUCUGCAUGACUCAAAGAGCCUAUUGGAAGACGAGCAUUUAGACUUAAAGAAGAAUACGGUGUUGUACUUACACGGCUAUCUGGAAGAUCCCGAUGUGGAGAGCAUACAUGUUAUUGCCGAGGCUUAUUUGGAACGCAACGAUACAAAUCUGAUUGUACUCGACUGGGGAGAAUUAGCGGAUGGCAAUUAUAUAUUCGAUGCAGUGGUAAAUGCCAAACAGUUGGGGCCCGAACUAGCAAAAGUGCUGCUGGAAAUGUUUGAUCAUGGUUUGGAUAUUGAGAAAUUGCAUAUUGUGGGACAUUCUCUGGGCGGACAGAUGGCUGGGAUUAUAGGACGCGAGAUAAUAAAGCGCACUAAGGGCGAGAAGAAAAUUAAAAGAAUUUCUGCAUUGGAUCCGGCAUUUCCGCUAUUUUACCUUACCGCUGGCUUGGGAUCGCAUUUAAAUAAGCGCGAUGCCGAAUUUGUCGAUGUCAUACAUACAGAUGCUUGGCUUUAUGGCGCACCCAGUAGCACAGGCACGGCGGACUUCUGGCCAAAUGGUGGCAAGACUUUACAACCGGGUUGUCCAAAACGGAAUUAUAAGAUGUUAAGUGACAAUGAUCUAUCAAGUCAUCGCCGCAGCUGGUGGUAUUGGGCUGAGAGCGUGUCUGAUCGUUUUCCGAUACAAUUCGAAGCUGUGCCUUGCAAGAACUGGAAUGACUUUAAAGACAAAAAAUACGAUGAGACUUUUACACCCGUAGUUAUGGGUCAUCAUUGUCCCACAAAUCUGCGCGGCGACUUUUACUUACAAACCAAUGGUGCAACACCUUUUGCUCGCGGCAAGGAAGGCACUGUUUACGUGGAUCCUAAAGAUCUGUUAGGUACACAUAUCUAUGAGAUACAGGCAUCUACCACGAAAUUGGACUAAUGAAUUUAUCUAUUGAAUAAAAUAUGAAUUGUUGCUUGCUUUUGUUAACC